CUUUGUGGCAUCCUGGAGCUCGGCUAAGAUGAGUACGUGAGUCCAAAGAAGGACAUUGUGGUGGAAGGACCUGCACCAGACUCUCAGACAUGGACGUGUCCAGCGACAAGCUCUUUUGCUGCAGGCUGGUGCAUCGCAAUGUUCCCGUGGCCCACAGGGAGGAACUGUACCACAUCCUGAGGAUGACGGGGCCUUUGCUGCUCUCUCGAAUCCUCAAUUACCUGCUUCCGUUCGUGGUCACCAUGUUCUGCGGGCGUCUGGGGAAUGAAGUGAUGGCUGGCUAUGGAUUGGCUUCUGCUACCAUCAAUGUCACCACUGCAGCAACAGGAUAUGGUUUGGGACUGGCGUGUGACACUUUGGUGUCUCAGACGUUCGGUGGUAAGAACCUGCUGCGGGUGGGAGUGAUCCUUCAGCGAGGCAUCAUCAUCCUGCUGUUGUUCUGUCUCCCCUGCUGGGGUCUCCUCAUUAACGCCCAGGCCAUCCUGCUAUGUCUUGGUCAGGAUCCAGAAGUGUCCAGGAUUGCACAGCUGUAUAUUACAGCCUUCCUUCCUGCCGUUCCGGCAAUGUUCCUGCAUAAUCUUCAGGUGUCUUACCUGCAGAACCAGGAAAUAAUACUGCCACAAAUGUACGCUGCCGCCGUGGCAAACAUAGCCAACGUGGUGACGAACUGCGUCUUCCUUUACUGGCUGGAUCUGGGUGUCAGCGGAUCCGCAGCAGCCAACACUCUGUCUCAGGUUUACAUCUGUGUUUUCCUGUUUGCUUACAUUUGGUGGAAGAAGCUGCACGUAACAACGUGGGGAGGCUGGUCUGUAGAAUCACUGCACGAGUGGGGCUCAUACAUGAAGCUGGCUAUCCCCAGUACAUUAAUGAAAUGCUUCGAGUGGUGGGUUUAUGAGCUCGGGGGCUUUUUUGCAGGAAUGCUGAGUGAGGACGAGCUGGCAGCGCAGCAUGUUGUCAUAAUGGUGGCUUUCUUAACCUACAUGUUCCCUCUCGGCAUCCAAGCUGCAGCAUGCGCUCGGGUGGGGAACGCUCUCGGUGCAGGUGACACUGUGAGGGCAAUCCUAACCAGCAAGGUGUCACUCACUCUUGCAGCUAGCUUUGCAGUUGUUGAAGGUAUUAUACUUGCCUCAACUAAAACAGUGAUCGGCUACAUCUUCACCUCUGAUGAGAAAAUCAUCACUCUGGUUUCUCACCUGAUGAAUCCAUACUGUUUCCUUCAGUUCUUUGACGGUCUUGUGGGUGUGUGCACAGGCAUCUUCCUGGGUACCGGCAAACAGAAGAUACCAGCUGUGGCAAAUCUCAUCGGAUACUACUGCAUAGGGCUUUCACUCGGAGUCACUUUAAUGUUUGUUGCAAAGCUGAGAGUUUUAGGCUUUUGGCUCGGGCUGCUGGUCUGCGUGAUUUUGCAGUCCGCCUUCUACAUCAUUGUCAUCUUCAAUCUGAACUGGGAGAGAAUGACAGAGGAGGCUGUGGAACGGGCUAAGAAAAACAAUGAGGUGGCAUUAUUAAGCACAGCUGCCGUCUCAGACGCUUCGGGUAACAACACUGCAGACCAGACAUUAGUGGAUGGCUGCAUGCCUGUGAGUACUGAAUGCCAUGAUGGGGACACCGAGACACAGAGUGGACAUGCGGUCCAGCGGCUGAAGGCAGACCGUCCCUCCACCACCCAGCUCAUCCUCAGACGAGGCCUCAUUAUGUUUGCAGCAGUUGCACUCCUUGCUAUCGGUGCAAGUGUGCACUUCCUUGUGCCCCUCCCAGAGGUCCUUUCGGCAAAUGCCAACUCUACUACGGACUGGAUCAAUACUACAUAUCCGACAAAUUUUCUCCAAUGAAGAGCCAG